GCUAUCCCCUUCCUCUCCCCUGCGGCCCAUGCCCAACCCAGAGGACACAGCGGCGGAGCCCCUCCCUCCCUCUCCUCCCCCUCCCGGCGCUGCGAGCUAUCGCAAUUCGCCAUUGCCACCAACGCAUACACAGCCACAGCGCAAUCCGAUGAAAGACUAAACCCUACCCUUCCUUUUGAUCCAACCCGAUGCUUGCCUACUCGAGCACAUCGAAACCAUGGCUGCAGCUCCACCCGCCGUCCCCGAGCCAAGGCGCGGGCGCCGCCGCUGCGGCCGCGCGCCUUGUGGCGCUGGCGGCCAGGAGCAAGCGGCGGGGCGCGGGCGCCGCGGCGGCGGAAGGGGUGGACGAGGCGGCUGAGGCGGCGGAGCUGGUGCGCUCGCUGCUGCGGAGGACGGGAGGUGGCAAGGAGCGGCUGGUGCCGGUGCUGGACCGGCACGUGCGGGUGGUCCGCACCGAGCACUGCUUCCUCCUCUUCGAGGAGCUCGGCCGCCGCGACGGCUGGCUCCAGUGUCUCGAGGUUUUCAGAUGGAUGCAGAAACAAAGGUGGUAUGUUGCUGACAAUGGCAUCUACUCCAAGUUGAUAUCUGUAAUGGGAAGGAAAGGCCAGAUACGUAUGGCAAUGUGGCUGUUCUCUCAGAUGCGGAACAGCGGGUGCAAACCUGACACUUCUGUGUAUAACUCUCUUAUCGGUGCGCACCUUCAUUCACGAGACAAGAGUAAGGCUUUGGCGAAAGCUCUUGGCUAUUUUGAGAAGAUGAAAUCUAUAGAGAGAUGCCAACCAACGAUUGUGACAUACAACAUCCUUUUAAGAGCUUUUGCUCAGGCUGGUGACACGAAGCAGGUAGACAUCUUGUUCAAGGAUCUGGAUGAAAGUAUAGUCUCUCCUGAUAUAUACACUUAUAAUGGAGUGAUUGAUGCAUAUGGGAAGAAUGGCAUGAUAAAAGACAUGGAAUCUGUGUUGCAGCGUAUGAAAAGCAAGCAAUGCCGUCCAGAUGUGAUCACAUUCAAUAUACUCAUAGAUUCAUAUGGACGAAAGCAGACAUUCGACAAAAUGGAGCAGGUGUUCAAGAGCCUACUGCGAUCAAAGGAGAGGCCUACCCACCCAACGUUUAAUUCCAUGAUAACGAAUUACGGGAAAGCAAGGCUCAGAGAGAAAGCGGAAUCUGUGCUUGAGAAGAUGGAGGAAAUGGGAUUCAAACCAAACUAUGUGACGCAGGAAUGCCUCAUCAUGAUGUACGCACAUUGCGAUUGUGUCUCAAGGGCCCGGCAGAUAUUUGAUGAGCUUGUGACCUCACAAAACAAAGUGCACCUGUCAUCAUUGAACGCAAUGCUUGAUGCCUACUGCAUGAACGGUUUGCACUCGGAAGCAGAUCGGCUGUUGGAUACUGCACUUCAGAAAGGUAUUGUGCCCAGUGGUUCCACAUACAAGCUGCUCUACAAGGCCUACACCAAGGCAAACGAUACGGUACUUGUGCAGAAGUUGCUUAAGAGAAUGAAUAAGCAGGGGAUCGUUCCGAAUAAAAAGUUCUUCCUGGACGCUUUGGAAGCAUUUGGCACCUCUGAGAGGAAACCCAGGACAUCAUCAGCCACAAAUUCUGCAAGCAAGCCAAGUUCAGAUUCUGCAGGCGAUUCACAGACAGUUGAUUCUAACAAACCAGGCGAUUCAGAAACAGUUAAUUCUAACAAGCCAAAGGUAAGUGUUUUGCAAGUAGCUGCUACAUAGGCGGUCAGUUUGAACAAGGCUGUCAAAUUGCCUGACAUCAGAAAGAAUCAAAGAACACAUUUGAUCUACACCAGAAUCCGUUAAUAUAGUGUGCUUGGAGCUAUGGUUAGUUGCUCCGAUGUUCCUUUCCCUAUUGAUGAAUGCUGAGACCUUUCGUGCCUCGGCAAAAUCUGCUUGUACACACUCAUUCUGUGGUUAUAUAUCAGCGUAGGAAUUUUGCUUCGAGUCGCCA